UUUCUUCUACCCAUUGUUGGAGAAAUUUUUAUUGUUGAAAAUGUCACGAAAGGCAGUAGCGGUAUUAUACGAGGCAGGGAACUCUGCCAAAGAACCCAGACUACUUGGAUGCAAGGAGAACGAACUGGGUCUGAGAUCUUUCUUGGAAUCAAGAGGCUUCAAAUUCGUUGUUUUGUCAGACAAGGAAAAACUAUUGGAUAAGGAGCUAGCCGACACUGAAAUCCUGAUUACCACCCCGUUUCACCCAGCUUAUGUAACUGCCGAAAGGAUACAGAAGUCUCCAAAACUGAAGUUGUGUGUGACAGCAGGUGUUGGAUCAGAUCACAUCGACUUGCACGCUGCAAACAAGGCCAAGAUCACUGUAGCGGAAGUAACUGGUUCCAACGUUGUGAGUGUGGCAGAACAUGUUGUUAUGCAAAUAUUGGCUCUUGUGAGGAAUUAUCUUCCUGCAUAUACUCAAGUUAUUAAGGGAGAAUGGGAUGUUGCUGCUAUUGCCAAGGAUGCUUUUGAUUUGGAAGGAAAAGUGGUAGGAACAGUUGGAGUUGGAAGAAUUGGAUAUCGAGUUUUGCAGAGGUUGAAGCCAUUUGAUUGCAAAGAAUUGUUGUACAGUGAUUAUCAGCCUUUGGAUCCCCAGAGAGAAGCUGCAAUAGGUGCUAAACGAGUCACAUUUGAAGAGUUGAUUAAAAGAUGCGACGUGAUCACUGUGAACUGUCCUCUACAUGAUAGUACGAGAGACUUGUUCAAUAAGGAAGUUUUUGAUAAAAUGAAAAAGGGAAUGUACUUGGUGAAUACUGCUCGAGGUGCUAUAGUAAAUCGUGAUGCAUUGGUAGAAGCAGUGAACAGCGGAAUCGUUCGUGCUUAUGCAGGUGAUGUGUGGUACCCACAACCUGCUCCAAAAGACCAUCCAUGGCGCACCAUGCCUAGACAUGGAAUGACGCCGCAUUAUUCAGGAACGACUUUAGAUGCACAGAAACGUUAUGCUGAUGGCACAAAGGAUAUUAUUCAGCGCUAUUUGGAUGGAGUUCCGCAGAAGAAGGAGGAUCUCAUCGUAGAGAAUGGAGAGUUUAUAAACAAAUCCUAUGUUCAACCAGGGAAGGUUUGAGUACGAAACCUUUUGUUGUUUCUGUGGAAAGUAACCUCUUCUGUUUGUUUAUGAAAGUUAUUUUCUUCUUGU